GAACUACAAAGAAAAAUGACUAGUUCUAAUUAUUUACUUCUUUUCUUUUCUAGCCUGUACCUUUUUAAACUGGGUCUUGCCCCCCAGAUUCAGGAUUUGUAUGGCAAGGUAGACUUCACAGAGGAGGAAAUCAGUAAUAUGAGGCUUGAACUGGAGAAGUAUGGUAUUCAGAUGCCUGCCUUCAGCAAGAUUGGAGGAAUUCUUGCAAAUGAACUUUCUGUGGAUGAAGCUGCAUUGCAUGCUGCUGUCAUUGCCAUUAAUGAAGCAAUUGACCGUCAGGUUCCAGCUGACACUCUUACAGCAAUGAAGAACCCUAAUGCCAUGCUAAUAAAUCUGGAUGAUCAACUGGAAUCCACUUACCAAGCCACACUCUACAGAGCAAAGCAAGACAAGAUGGAGAAUGCUAAAAAUAGGAUUGCCUCAGAAAGUUCAGAUAGAGAGAGAGAUGUGUAUGAAGAACUUCUGACUCAAGCUGAGAUUCAGGGAAACAUCAAUAAAGUGAACACACACGCAGCCAUAUCAAAGAUUGACCUGGCUUUGGAACGAGGAGAUGCAUUAGCACUGUACGAAGCUUUGGCAACACCAGCCCUGGGACUUCGAGGAUUGCUACGAGAAAAUUGUGACUGGUAUUUAAAGCAGUUUUUGAGUGAUAGACAACAGAAACAGGAGGCUGGCCUUACAGGUCCUCUGCAGAAGGAAGAGUUGCAGUUGGGAGUGGAUGCUGCUAACAGGGCAGCACAACAGUACCAGCAAAAACUGGCAGCAGUAGCCAGAAUUAAUUCAGCAAUUCGAAUGGGUGAUGCUGAGAAGACUGUGGCAGAAAUGAUGAAUCCAGAGGCCCAGUUACCAGAGGUUUAUACAUUUGCUGCAGAUCUUUACCAAAGGGAGCUGGCCACCUUACAGCAACAGAGCCCUGAAGGUCACCUCACCCAUCCAGAACUAUCUGUUGCUGUAGAGAUGCUGUCUUCUGUGGCCCUGAUUAACAGGGCUUUGGAUUCAGGGGAUAUGAAUACAGUGUGGAAACAACUGAGCAGUCCUGUCACAGGCCUUGCAAACAUUGAGGAUGAGAACUCGCAGAGAUACAUUGAUGAUUUGGUGAAGCUGAAAGCUGAAAGAAGUGCACAAGGAAGUGAAUUUAUCACAUGGAAUGAUAUCCAAUCAUGUGUUGAUCAUGUGAAUAAAGUUGUGCAUGAAGAACAUGAAAGGAUUUUGGCAAUUGGUCUUAUUAAUGAAGCUCUGGAUGAAGGGGACACCAAGAAGACUCUUCAAGCCUUACAGACUCCUGCAGCAAAAUUGGAGGGUGUAGCCCCAAAGGUAGCACAGCAUUACCAGGAUACACUACUUCGAGCCAAGAGAGAGAAAGCGCAGGACACACAGGAUGAAACAGCUGUACUUUGGCUAGAUGAAAUUCAGGAUGGGAUUCAUAAGGCUAACAAGGACACAGAGGAGUCCCAGAGAUUCUCCUUAGGAAUUCUGGCCAUUAAUGAAGCAGUAGAUCACGGUGACGUUAGCCAGACCCUGAGUGCCUUGCGUUCACCUGAUGUUGGGCUAUACGGAGUCACUCCAGAAUGUGCCGAGACGUACCAGCAAGAAUUGUCAGAAGUUAAGAAAAGGGCAGCAGGGGGCAAUGGCAGCGAGUGGGUGAAACACUGGGUGAGAGGAGGCUAUCAUUAUUAUCAUAAUCUGCGGACCAAAGAGGGAGGAUGGGAUGAACCAGCAGAGUUUGUGCAAAAUGACACUCAGCUGUCACGGGAAGAGAUACAGAGCACCAUAUCUGGAGUCACUGCAGCAUACAACCGAGAACAGUUGUGGCUUGCAAAUGAGAACCUGAUUAUGAAACUUCAGGCUUGCUGUCGAGGGUAUCUUGUUCGCCAGGAAUUCAACUCAAGAAUGAAUUUUUUGAAGAAGCAAGUCCCAGCAAUCACUUGCAUUCAGUCUCAAUGGCGUGGCUACAAGCAAAGGAAGGCAUAUCAAAUCCGUUUGGAUUACUUACGUGCACAAAAGGACCAAGUAGUAAAGAUUCAGUCAAUGACCAGGAUGUAUCAAGCCAGAAGACGUUACAGAGAUCGUCUGCAGUAUUUCAGAAACCACAUAAAUGAUGUCAUAAAAAUUCAAGCCUUUAUUCGAGCAAACAAAGCCCGAGAAGACUACAAAACCCUCAUUAAUGAUGAAAAUCCACCUAUGGCUGUGGUUCGGAAAUUUGUCCACUUGCUUGAUCAGAGUGACCAAGAUUUUCAGGAGGAGCUUGAACUAAUGAAACUGCGUGAAGAAGUUGUAACCUUGAUCCGAUCCAAUCAGCAACUGGAAAAUGACCUCAAUCUCAUGGACAUCAAAAUUGGUUUGCUAGUGAAAAACAAAAUUACAUUGCAGGACGUUGUUUCUCAUAGCAAAAAACUUACCAAGAAGAACAAGGAACAGCUCUCUGACAUGAUGAUGCUGAACAAACAAAGGGGAGGUUUGAAAGCAUUGAGCAAAGAAAAGAGAGAAAAGUUGGAAGCCUAUCAGCAUUUGUUCUACCUCCUUCAGACUAACCCAACCUACUUGGCCAAGCUGAUUUUUCAGAUGCCUCAAAACAAAUCCACAAAAUUCAUGGAUUCUGUCAUCUUCACGCUGUAUAACUAUGCAUCCAAUCAAAGAGAGGAAUACCUGUUGUUGCGACUUUUCCAAACAGCACUGCAGGAAGAGAUCAAAUCAAAAGUAGACCAGAUACAUGAGAUUGUGACUGGGAAUCCUACUGUUAUUAAAAUGGUGGUAAGUUUCAAUCGUGGUGCCCGUGGUCAGAAUGCCCUGAGGCAGAUCCUUGCACCAGUUGUGAAGGAAAUCAUCGAUGACAAGUCACUUAAUAUCAAAACUGAUCCUGUGGAUAUUUACAAGUCUUGGGUUAACCAGAUGGAAUCCCAAACUGGAGAGGCCAGCAAACUGCCAUAUGAUGUUACUCCUGAGCAAGCCCUAAGUCAUGAAGAGGUGAGGACACGCCUGGAUGCCUCAAUCAGAAACAUGAGGACAGUGACAGACAAGUUCCUGUCUGCCAUUAUUAGUUCGGUGGACAAAAUCCCGUAUGGAAUGCGUUUCAUUGCCAAGGUCCUGAAAGACUCCCUGCAUGAGAAGUUUCCUGAUGCUGGUGAGGAUGAGCUUCUGAAGAUUGUUGGCAACUUACUCUAUUAUCGCUACAUGAAUCCAGCCAUCGUGGCACCAGAUGCAUUUGACAUCAUUGACCUUUCAGCUGGAGGUCAGCUGACGACAGAUCAACGCAGAAACCUCGGUUCCAUUGCAAAGAUGUUACAGCAUGCUGCAUCCAAUAAGAUGUUCAUGGGAGACAAUGCUCAUUUAAGCAUCAUAAAUGAAUACCUAUUGCAGUCACACCAGAAAUUCAGACGUUUUUUUCAGGCUGCCUGUGAGGUUCCCGAAUUGCAGGAUAAAUUUAAUAUUGAUGAAUAUUCAGACUUGGUGACUCUCACUAAACCAGUAAUUUAUAUUUCUAUCGGUGAAAUCAUCAAUACACACACUUUGCUCUUAGACCAUCAAGAUGCAAUUGCUCCUGAGCACAAUGAUCCAAUUCACGAGCUGCUGGAUGAUCUCGGAGAGGUUCCUACAAUUGAGUCCUUAAUAGGGGAAGGUUCUGGCAAUGUUAAUGACCCCAACAGAGAAAUGUUAGCAAAGACUGAGGUUUCUCUCACACUCACUAAUAAAUUUGACGUUCCUGGUGAUGAGAAUGCAGAGAUGGAUGCAAGGACAAUUCUAUUGAAGUAAGUAGGGGGUAACUACCUGGUAUGUUAGUCAAAAGAAGGAGCAAUUGGAACUUUGCCAGUUAAUUGGCAUGUAAAAAUGAGAGAAUUGAGGCAUAAUUUAAGGAAAUGUGGGGGGACUGUUACUCCAAAUACACUGAGAUUGUAGCUGUGUCUUUUUCCAUGCUGUGGCAUGACUUUUAAUUGAUGAAGACUAAUAGUCUUUUGAGAAGCAUAGGUCUUAUAACCUAAUGGAAAGAGAGCAAUGAACUGUCUGGGAUUUUAUUAUUGCCAGAAUCUUUAUUCUGGAAAACUUUUGACUGACAAUGACUCUUGGCUAGUUUUAAGCAAAUCCCAUACAUCUAUUGCUGAGAUGUAUAGAGCAGUGACCUGACAUUCAAAUGUAUGUUUACCUCCUCUGAUGCAUUCCUGCUCAGAUGCUAGAUAGUUUAAUUGAAAAAUCUUUGGUCAGCAUGUACUUGGCGUAGGCAGACAAGUGAUCUCCCACAAGAAGAUUUUGUCUCCAAAAAUAACUUUAACUGGACUUCUUAAAAGAUACAUCAGUAUUUUCCUACCCACCAGACAAAGGUGACAUUGAUUUCAAAAGUAAAGAUUUACCAGCUGCACUGGUAGUCAUUUAUGUUGUGGAUGAUGAGAAAGGUGUAUGUGUGUGUGAUGCAGUUUAUGUGAUUCCAAAAAUCCAGCCGGACUGCAGAGAUGCUAUUUGGUUUCAUUGUGUGGCUUAAGGACAGAAGUGCUUCAGAGUGGACACCGACUGUGAUUAAAUCUCAGCUCAAAUCAAGGAAAUGACUCUGUCUAGUGCUAGACUGGAGUUGAGAUCUACCUGUCUCCCGUCCACAGAAGAAAAUAAUCCUUUUGAGUUUUUUGAUACCUGUUAUGGAUCACUGAAGCAUGCUUAUGGAUGGAUAAUAUUAUAGAGCUUUUCUGGUUGCACAAAUGGGCUGUGGCUGCUACCUGCUUUAUCUUUCACCUUGAAUGCAGUUUCUGUGGUCCACGUGGCAGUUCUGGGGCUACCUUCUAAUACAUGGGGUAGCCUCCUUGCUGUUUGGAGAAGUUUUGGGGAGCAAAUUGUGCAUAUUACAGAGAGAAACCUUUUGAGGAACCAGUUUCCAAUAAUGCACUGUCCAAAAAGUAAAGUGCUUCUCAGGGUUCUGGUCUGGUUUAGCCUAUGACUACCUGAGUGCUCAUCCAGUAAUAAUCUUGAC